AUGCAGUUUUUGUCGUCUACAAUCCCAACUUCGACUACCGUCGUUUAUCAAAAUUAUGACAACGUCCACCGUGUAGUUCAAGUUGUUGAUCGAUUUGAUGUUGUCGACACGAUUUGUUCUGCCCCUCCAGGAACUCAUAUUAGUUUCAAUCUAUCAGCAGCUAUCGGCGACAAACUGUACAUCAAGUUCAAUACGAAGGAAUAUUUUGUCGAGCACUGGGUGAAUUCGAAGGAGGUUUUUAAUUCACAAGCUCCGGAUAGCAACUUUUAUGAUAACGACUGCAUCGUGUCUAUUGACAACGAUUUGCUCUUCCGAACCGCUUCCCACUUGGCAACAGUUGGCGAAUACCUGACGAUCCACGUUAUGACUAACGGAAAGGUGGAAUUUUCAACAACCAAGACAAACAGCAGCAAGAAGAGGGUCACUUGGUUUGAUGAUGACGCGAAAAAAAGAGCAAACAAACACAUCAAGAUAGGCUCCGAGGAACUUCGAAAUCUUCUCACUAAGAAGAAAGCAUCGGCUCCAAUCGCAGUGGACUCUGAUGUUCCACCUCCACCGAAAACAUCGACCCAUUUGGCCAGUCGAGCAAUUGGUAAAAAGUGCACUCAUUCCACCUGGGACAUAAAUGAAGUAGGAAGAAUGGACAUCAAUGGUGGAGUUCGAGCCAAGAAGAAAGCAGCUGGAACUAAUGACGAUCCAUAUGCGUUUGGCAGUGCUGACCUAGAUGUAAGUCAGUCUGUCUUCCGCCCUUAUCGGGGAAAUUCGGGAAAUUUUUGCGACCGUGACAAUUUCUCGGAGACAAUUACAAUUUACGACUCGCAAGAACGACCAGUGGACGCCACCGAAACAAUAGAUUUAACGAAGGACAGUGUUGAGGAAAGAGUUGCGUCAACAGGAUCACUCAGAAUUACCAUCAACGUGAGUGCGAAAAAGUACGAACGAGAUAACAAGGAACUCACCGUGAACGUCGACCUCGAUGAAGCUACAGCAUACCUUAUUGACGCGAAUAGGCUGAGAAAAAUGGCCUUUGCCAUCGAGUCGGAUUUUGGCUACUGCAACUUGAUGGUAACUUCCAAAGAAUUGCAUAUUCACAGAAUCGGAACGCGAUCAGGAAACAAGAUGACAAUACUGACAAUCAAUCGAGAAGCAUUUCACGAAUACGAAUGCCAAAUAGAAAAAAAAUGGGCAGUAUCAACGAACAUGUUAAAACAAGUUCUAUCCGGGGGGGACAUUUACCACGAUGUGCUUAUCAGCAUAGAUUACGACCAAGAUGGACCAUUUUUACAGACGGAAUACAUUGCCAGGAUGAACAACCCAAGAAUCCAGGAGCCAAGCGAAUGGAUGAAGUUAGCUCUGGGCUUUAAAUCGAAGCGGCGAAUUCAUCUGUCGUACGAAUUGCAACACAUUCCAGAAACCGUGCCCGAACCCGAGUACAAGUAA